CCUUUCAUAAGAAUUGUCACUGCGGGGAAGUGUCACAAAAACAACAACGCGAGUAGUAAUGUUGGUACAUCGAGUUACAAGAUGAUCAGUCGGUCAAAUAAAAAUAAAAACCGACAUGGCUGACAAUGAUUUGGUAUUACCCAAAGGGGUUUGCCAAAAUUUUACCCCUCAACAGUGGCGAAGGACGAAAUGUAAGUUAUGUUUUCAUGAUAUAAUUGACCAUACCAAGUCCCUAACAAAAGAAGAAUCUGAGGAAUUAAUAAAAAACUGCAUAAAAGGGGAAGAAAGAGACACAGACCAAAAAGAAGACGAUAUAAGCAAUAAAGGUCAUUCAAGAACAUUUGCUGACCAAGACCUUAGUUAUAGUUCACAGUCUAAUCAUACACAAAGUAGUUCAAAGGGUUCUUCUGACCAACUUGAUGUUGAGAUAGAAGAUCAUUCAAUUUCAAAGGAUUCUGACAAUGAAGGGGAUGAAACUGAUGAUACAAGCACUAUUGUUCAGAGGAGGAGAAAAAAAAAGUUGUCAUAUAGUUUGGAUAAGCAAGACAGUAUGGACGGCGACGAUGGUUCAGCCACACCAAACCGGUCCGUGCAGAAACGCAGGACCCGAUCGUACCGUAAAAACAGUUCGAAUCUGCUGCAGUUGACAGCGAUGAUGCGCUCGUCCAAUUCGUCCCUAUGUAGUUUUACUAGCGAAAUGACGGAUGGCUAUUCUGACUACGAUUACGACGUUCGUAGCGUGACGGACGACACCGAUGAUUACGCCGAAAUGAAUGACGUCAUUGAUGAGUUGGAGACGAUCAAGCCGGAGUUGAAAGCGCGCGUGCAGAACGAACGACGGAUUUCGAGGACGAAGAUAUUUGAUUUGGAAAGAGAGUUGGAAGGACUUCAGGAUUUUUAUCGUGCAAAUGAAAUUGCAAAAGACAGACAGAUUAAAUCUUUUCAACGUGAGAUUGAAGGGUUGAAACUUGAAUUGUCCAGUGUUAAAGCCCACGAGAAUAUUUUGGCACUGAAGUAUCGAUUAGAGUUGGAAGGUAAAAGCUCGCGUGUCAACGAUCUCGAACAGCAAGUUGAAUCGCUACAAGACGAAAUUUCCAAGCUAACUUCGAUGGCGCCCUUAAGCGAAACUUUACACGAUAUAACUAGCAAAGAGCUUGAGCGUGCACGCAAAAGGAUCGUCAAUCUGGAAGAAGAGAACCGCUCUACGGAGGAGAGACUAAAGUUAGCCGAAGACUUGCAGAGUAACGAUCGCGAGUUUUUAGAUGUGCUACGCAAUCAGCUAGGUUCGAUGGAGAGUGACUUGCUUUCUGCUCAGGAUAGUAAUCGAAUGUUGGAAGACAAAAUUAAAAUGAUGGAGACCAUACAAACGGAGUUUUUAAAGGAGCAGGAUAAAAACGUGAAAGCGAAUAAGGAGGUGGAAGGAUUGCGUCAAAAAGUUAAGCGGCGCGAUCGACAUAUUGAAGAUCUCGAAGAUGAUAAUGUCAAAUUGCAACAGUUAAAGACCGAGUUGGAAUCGCAACUCGCCAAAAAAGAAUAUAAAGUGAAGAAGAUGGAACGGAAAGUUUCUGAUCUACAAAAUGAGGUCACGAAAUGUUGUAAAGAAAUAGCCGAUCUCACUGGUGAGAACAAAACGUUAGAACAAGUUCGUCGACUUACUGAUUUGAAAUUAAAAGAGAAAACAGAAUCUACGUCUGAAGUUCAGAAUGGCGAGAAUAUAUUCAUCCAUACACUGGAAGAUCGUUUAAAAUACACAGAAUCGCGUGUUAAGGAAUUAGAACUCGAAAACGAUAACUUCUCGAGACAGUUUCGAGAGAUGUACGAUAACCUGAUCGCUACAGAGAAACAAGCAGAUAUUUAUAAAGAGCAGUUGAAAGACGCUGAAGCGAAAACAAGUCGAUUACGACAAGAAAUCAAACAUAGCGAAAAGAAAAUCGAAAUGUUACAUCGCAAACUAUUGAAAAGCGAAAAGGAGAAAAAACGCGCGGUGACCAGACAAACCAGUGCUGAGUUGAAGUUAAAUCGAUACGAAGAAGAAGAGCUACGCUCUACCAUUUUGAAUAUGUCUCAAACUGACGCAGCGGAGGAUAACGAGGAGGAUAAAGGUUCGCGCAUGUUAAAAUUGAAAUUACAAUCAACCGAAGCGAAGUUGUCGAUGAUCGAAGGGAAUAAAGGUUACUUGGAAGCGAAGCUGAUGAACUUGGAAAGAAAAUUGGUCGAGAAAGAGCAAGAGAUCGUGCGCCUAAACGAUUCGAUGGAGCGUGACUCCGGCGCUCCAUCGCAGGACUACGAUCGCUUUGACGCGCUGGAGCAAGAGAACAUUAUGUUACAAACAAAACUCGACGAUUUUGUUAUAGAAAAUAUCGAGCAUAAAGAUAUUGUGAAGCAACUCAAAGAAAAUAAUGCAUACCUAGAAAUGACGAUACAAAACUUAAAUUUGAAAUUAGACGAUUGUACGCAUCGUUUGAAAGAGGUGGAGGAGGCGAAUCAUAAACUUGGAAGGGAGGCCUGGAAACGUAAUCAGAGUCUAUCAAGCACACAAGGGGAGGUUGAUGCAAGUAUCAAUGAAUUAAGGUCUCAUAAUAAAUUACUACAGGAAAGAAUGAAACAUUUCGAUGACGUAGAGGAACUGGUCGAACAAUUAGAAAUUCAAGUGAAGAAAGAAAGAGCGCAUGCGCAGUGGUAUGCGGACGAAAACGACAAUUUAAAAAUUAAAAUCGCCAAGAUGGCUGACACAAUUGCGAAGCUUGAAGAAAGCAAGAGUGACUUUGAGAGAAGUAUACAUCAACUGUCAGAUAAAAAUAAGGACCUGUACGAUGACGUCAAACGAUUAGAGGAGAAGCUAGAAAUAUACGGUCAUUUGUUUGGAAAAGAUUCUAAACUAUACUCCUCGCUAAAACGCCGUUCCAUCCAGAGUGAGCGAGACGAAGAAAAAAUAAUCGAGAAAGCUUUGUCACCAUUAAUGGAAGAAAUCAAGGAAAAGGAUAUCCAGAUAAGGAAUCUCUCGAAAGAAGUGGAAGAGAAACAGUCAACGAUCAAUUCUCUAACAGACGAAAUCGAUAUACUGGAAGCUAAUCUUGCUGCCAUGGUAACCGAGAAAAUCAGAAAGUUGCAUUCUGCAGGUGAUUCUUCCAGUGAGGAGACCGGUGCCGAUUUACAGUCCAGAAGCACAGAGAGCAUUUUGUCCUUCGAAAAGUAUAGAAGAGGAUGUAAAACGUGGGAAAGUGAGAAAGCGGAAGCUAAAAAUACCGAAACAAAAGAAAAGCAUUCUCUCCCAGCUAAAACGUUUCCUCCGGUACAACUAAGUAUCAAGGUGGAUGAAGAGGCCGUUGUGAGUAUUGAUCCCACUUCUAGCGAAGACUUGACCGUGUCUACUGAAGCCUUCUACGAAAUGCUGCGCAAACAGGAGGAGUUGAUGAAAGAGAAGGACUUGAAUUAUUAUCACAAUAUACUUGAUGACGGUAACGACUCACCAAGUUUAUAUCGCACGAUUGAGAAUGCUAUAUUGGAUCAAUACAACGACGAAGACCUGUCUCCACCCUCCCCCGUACGGACACUACCGAAUACUGACAGAAACAUCAAACUAGAGUAUAGAGACGGUACAACGUCAAAUCAUGCCAAGUUCGCUGAAAAUGUGAUGGAGAACAAGCAACUUGUUGAUGAUAUGUACGAACAACUAGCAGCACUCGAAGACAUGGUUAAAACAUCUACCACCUCCUCUGUGGCUGUUUCUGCUUCCACCAACAUCAUGACUGCAUCCACUAUCUCUCAUUUCUCGCCCACUUCUUCCCCUGUAGCCACAUUGCCAACUGAGUUAAUCUCAUCCCCAACUUCCGCAACUACCACCACUACUUCGCUUGUACCAGAUACAGAAGUAACCAGUUCAGAGGUAUCCCCUACAUCUCCGAUCACGUGUGCUAUUCCAGUCAAUCAAAGGCCCAGAGCUGUUAGUAUAACAAAUAUCAAACUUACAACCGAACGUCCGAAAGAACGCGCCACGACUUCUUCACCCGAAAAAUCUUCCAGUGAGUCGAAGAGAAGUAGCGGAAACGAAAGUAACAUCAUUGAUCUUUCAGGAUUGGAUGAUUUACUUGCUGAGGUCAGCAAAAGAAACAGUGGUGGGCAUGAAGCACGUAAUAAAAUUAUUCCUCCCUCUCCGCAUCCCAUCGUUCGAAGACAUUCUGAACGUCUUCCCUCCCCUCCGAAACCUAUCAUGCCGUCAAUACGCACGACAAGAAGAAGAAUAAUCAAGUUGGGUGGACUGAACAGAAGCGAUUCUUUCGAUAGUGCCACUAGCAGAAAACUUUAUUCAGCCUCGAUUAACCCGUCUGUGUGUUCCAUAUCAUCCCAAAGUUCGUCAAGCAUAUCCGGCGGUACCGCUUCGCCACCGAGCGGCGCGCGCACGCCAGCAAGCUUGGUAAACAGCAACAGUAGCUCUUCUGUGGCAUCUUCUGCCAGUAUAACAAGUGUCAUCUAUAUCCCUCCAUCAGAGAAAUCUGAAUGCUCUUCACCUUCGUUGCAAAGUGAUUCAACUGAACAUUUGGGCGCUUCAACAACACCGCCCUUCAGACGCCCGAAACUGGAUGUGAACAAAUUUUUAAAUUCAUCUUCAUCGACUAUGGAAUAACAGUUAGAAAGCUGUUUAAUGUUUUUGAUGUCAAUUGAGUUUUUGCAACGUAGGCAUUUUUAGUGCAAAUACGUCAUGUGUCAUCACAUGAGAUGCAUAAAAAUUGAUUUGGAAACCUGAAGAUGGAUGGGAUAUUUUUUAUGUUUUAGAUUUUAAUGUGUUCAUAUUUUUAUAUUUUUAUAAUUCUACUCUCAAAAGAAUUCAGGAAUUAAAAUUUGGACUUUAAAUGUGGGAAAAUAUACAAAAAGUGAAAUUAGUAUGUUCAUUAGCUCUGUCUUCGUUCCAAAAGAAAUGGAAUCGCAAAAAUAUCAAACACGAAAUGUUAAACUAAAAUUUGUCAAUGAAAUUAUGUCAUGUCGAAAAAAUCAGUUUGAGGAGAUUUUUGAUGUAUAUAUAUAUUUUUUUUUAUAAAAUAUUUUAAGACUACAUCUUAACUAGUUGAUGAAGGUAACAGCUAUGUCAAAAGAUGGAUAUAUUUGUACAUUAGAAUAAUGUUUAAAAGCUUAAAUAUUAUAUUGUUUUAUAAAUUAUAUAUAUUAUAUAUAUGUAUUUUAUUUUCUGAUUUUUAAAGUAGUUUGUUAUUUUGAAAGUGAGGCGCGUUUAAAAGUGAGGCGCGAAGAAAGUUUCUUUUUGGGUUUUUUUUAUUUUUCAUUUUAUUUUUUUUAUUUUUUUAAAUUUUACAAAAAAUUUAAGCAUGGCAAAUUUAAGUGCAGACACUUUUGCGGAUCGACUCUCUCUCUCUAAAAAAUUUCACUUUUGCGAAUCACCGAAACUUGAACUUGAAAAUUUUAAGGAUUGAAUUCAAAACGUAUUCUUUUAUUAUCAAAAAAUAGAAACUGAAAUAGACCAUAACCAAUUUUUUUUUCGCAAACAUAAACUUCCGCUUUGUUGGGGAAUUUGCGAUGUAAUCAUUUGUAAAUUUCGAGAUUUGCCUGCGAAAGCUUCUUCACUUAAAGGAGUUUAAAACAACGAAUACUUUCUGAAAAAAUCGAGCUCAAAUGACACAAUGAUCGAAUUUUCUGAGCUGUGGAAAGUAAGCAAACUGCAAAAUCUUCCAAUUCUCUCAAUCCGUAAUUAUAUUGACAUUAAUUUUUCUGAAUAUAAAAAAUGGUCGCCGACUUCUAAUGGUAAAAAUACAGUGGUAUGAAAUUUUUAAAAAUGAUUGUUAGCCUAUCAUGAUAAUUUCAUUUAAAAUUCGAGUGUUGUUUCGUAUAUUACACCAUAGCGUUGGCUGGUAUUUUCCUUUAACAAUUAAUUUUAUAUUUUGGAAUAUAUCUUCUUAAAAAGUGAAUUAAACUUUUGAAAAAAAAUAGAAAUUCUAUUUAGGUUUAUUUAAUACAAUAUUAAACAAAUUAUUGCAUGUAUUUUUUUAUGAACUUGUCAUAUGUAUAUAUAUGUGUAUUCUAAUGUUCGCGAAUCUGGGUAAUUCUCCACCAUCCAAUAAAAAGCGGCACAGUGAUGUGCUCAUGUAAAGUUAUGUUAGAAAAAAAACUAUUCAUGGCUAA